AUGUCCGACGUCCCUCGCCUCAUUCACGAAUCGAGAUCCCACCCUUCAUCCGAGCCAGAUCGGGACUUUUCUUCUUCCUGUCCGUUCUGCGCCAUCGGAAGCACCUACAAUGCAACGUCUCCCUUCGCCUCAUCAGAGACGAUGGCAAAGGCGCUCGACCCAGAGCAGCUCGACCCGCCGUCGUUUGUACUCUACUCAAGCGAGCACGUCAUUGCUUUUCUGGAUAUUAUGCCCUUGACGAGAGGGCAUGUGUUGGUUGCACCUCGGAAGCAUCGUGUCAAAGUCGGGGAUUUGAGUCCCAGCGAAGGCGCAGAGAUCGGCAGAGUCCUGCCUCUACUCGCACGGUCUGUCAUCAAGGCUGUCCUUCCAGAUAUACCGCACGAGAAUGCCGACUAUAACGUGGUGCAAAACAACGGGCCCGGCGCCGCUCAAGUUGUCCCGCACGUGCACUUUCACAUUGUUCCCCGCCCCCCUCUGAACUACACCCAUCCCAAAUUUAGCGCCACCACAUCAUCUUUGAAGAAGAAAUAUCCACCCAAUCCUCAGCCUUCAGGCCGUCAAGCAGCGGCCAUCCUGUUUGGAAGAGGAAUGCGCGAGGAUCUUGACUACGACGAUGCCGCGGUGUUGGUCGAGAGUAUGAGGGCGGCAAUCAGAGAGGAGUGGGACAGAAGCUUUGGGAGGGAGGAAGGAUCGGUCAAUGCGGAGAUUGUGAAGGAGAUGAGAAGUUUGGAUGUUGGUGCCAGCGCUGAAGGAAGCGGAAAUGGAGGCCGAAACGGCAGGCGUUUGCCUUGGAAGGUCUGA